UUAACCGUUUCUUUUAUUUCCAUUUUAUUAUUAUUUUUAUUUUUUUUUUCAGUCUCUGAAACUCAACGUGUCUCUCAAAAUCCCUCCUCUCUAGAUCCAUGUCUUCCUUCUUCAAGCCUCGGAUCUGUGUCUAGGGUUUCCGUUCUCUCUCUCUCUCUAUCUCUACAUAUUUUUCUUUUCGGUGGGUUUGCUCUGCUGCUUGGUCGGACCAGGGCAUUUAUUAGCGCAACCAGAGCCGUUAUCAAGGUACUGUUGAAACCAACGAUUCUAGAGUUUCUUACUGAAGAUUUUUCCUCAUUUGGCAUUUUGGUUUUCGGGAUUUAGGGUUUGUUGAGAGGCUGGUUUUGUGGGGUUUUAGUGGAGGAGAAACUCGCAUUCCGGGUUGUUAGUGUAAUUUUCAGGAUUUUAGGGGUCUGGGGUUUGUGGAACAUGAUGUAUUUUAUUUUAUUUUUUUGGUUUUGCAAGGCAGUAACUUUUCUGGGCUGGAAUUUGGAAAUGAGUUUGUUUUGAGGUGUUCAUUUGAGGAUUGAGUUGAAUUCUGGGUUUUAGUUGGACUCUAUAUAUUCAUUUUUUUUAUUUGAGAAAUGUCAUUGUUACAAUUUUGAGAUUGAGUUUGGUAGUUAUGUGUGUGGAAGAAAAAGGUUAUGUUGUAAUGUGGAAGAUUUGAGAAUAGAGUGAAUAUUGGUUCUAAAGGAGGGUGGUCUUGCUUGGGGUUGUUUUGGUGCGUGAUGGGUUGCAUUUGUUGCAAGCCCUCUGCUAUUGAUGAUAGUAAGGAGAGCCCUCGGGAGCGGUUGUCGAGCAAGGCCUCGUCCGAUGUGCGGAUUGCGAGGGUUACUUCGUCGAGGAGGGAGGAAGGGUAUCAGGCAAAGGACCAAUAUGAUACUAAUGACGGAAGAGCAAUGUUGAUUGAUAAGCAUACAAAUGGGGAGGCUCGGUUACACAGGGAGAAUGUUGAGAGAAAGAGGGAGAAGAUGGAAUAUGUUUUUGCUCAACAUCCGGGAACUGGUAGCAUUCCUAAAGCUUCGGAAGGGGAGCAGAUUGCUGCAGGUUGGCCGACCUGGUUGGCCGCAGUUGCUGGAGAUGCUAUCAGAGGAUGGGUGCCGCGCCGUGCAGACUCGUUUGAGAAGCUGGAUAAAAUUGGCCAGGGAACUUAUAGUAAUGUCUAUCGGGCUCGUGAUCUUGAUCAAAAGAAAAUUGUUGCUUUGAAGAAAGUGAGAUUUGAUAACCUGGAGCCUGAGAGUGUACGCUUCAUGGCAAGGGAAAUUCACAUUCUACGUAGGCUUGAUCAUCCAAACGUAAUAAAACUAGAAGGUCUAGUUACGUCAAGGAUGUCUUGCAGCUUGUAUCUUGUAUUUGAGUACAUGGAGCAUGAUCUAGCGGGGCUUGCUUCUCACCCUGGUCUAAAGUUUACGGAAGCUCAGGUUAAAUGUUAUAUGCAACAACUUCUACAUGGACUUGAUCAUUGUCACAGUCGUGGUGUUCUGCACCGUGACAUUAAGGGUUCCAAUCUUCUUAUUGAUAACAAUGGAAUCUUGAAAAUUGCUGACUUCGGUCUGGCAAGUUUUUUCGAUCCUCAUCAAAAUCAACCUCUAACAAGCCGUGUUGUAACUCUUUGGUAUCGCCCACCAGAAUUGUUACUUGGUGCCACUUACUAUGGCACAGCUGUAGAUUUAUGGAGUACAGGUUGCAUACUCGCUGAAUUGUAUGCUGGCAAGCCGAUAAUGCCUGGAAGAACUGAGGUGGAGCAGUUACAUAAAAUUUUCAAGCUUUGUGGCUCGCCUUCUGAGGAUUACUGGAGAAAGUCAAAGUUGCCUCAUGCAACAAUAUUUAAGCCACAGCAGCCCUAUAGACGCUGUGUUGCAGACACUUUUAAGGAGUUCCCUGAACCGGCUUUAGCACUUAUGGAGAUCCUUCUUUCCAUAGAUCCUGCUGAUCGUGGAUCUGCAGCUUCUGCUCUCAAUAGCGAGUUCUUUACAACAAAACCUCUUCCAUGUGAUCCUUCAAGCUUGCCGAAGUAUCCUCCUAGCAAAGAGUUUGAUGCAAAAGUACGGGAUGAAGAGGCUAGAAGACAAGGAGCAGUAGGAAGCAAGGGACAGAGAGUUGAUCUUGAGAGGAGAACAAGAGAAUCUCGAGCCGUCCCAGCACCUGAUGCAAAUGCUGAAUUAGUUUUGUCUAUGCGGAAAAGACAAGGUCAAUCCAAUUCUAAGAGCCGGAGUGAGAAGUUUAAUCCUCAUCCGGAAGAAGUUGCUUCCGGAUUUCCAAUUGAUCCACCUAGACCAUCACAAGCUGUGGAAGUAAGUAUUGAUCCACAGAGCUUUAAUCACAAGAGAGCAUCACACUCAGGGCCACUGGCUCAUCGGGCUGCAUGGGCAAAGACUGCUAAGAACAUAGACGAUGCUCCAAAGGUGUCAGUCGGGGCCGACCUGUCAACAAUGUCAGGUUUAGUGGUAGCAAGGAGGAGUUUGCUUGCCGAAGACCAUAGAGAUAGGUCUAGUUCUUUGCAACCAGAAGUUUCAAAAGUAACGGCUAGGUUUCCAAGCGCAUUCAAGGAGACCACGGAUUCCUCACGGCAAGAUCAAAAGCCUCACAUACAGGUCAUAGGACCUAAUCAAAAAGAAGAUGGACGACACAGCAGUAAAGAUCCUAUUCCUAUUGGCUAUGGAUCAAAGGGUCACAAAAUCCACUACUCUGGACCGUUGUUAGUCCCCUCCAGCAACAUGGAUCAGAUGCUCAAGGACCAUGAUCGCCAGGUCCAAGAAGCCGUUAGACGUGCUCGUCUUGACAAGGCUAAGAUCAGAAAAGCUCAGGUGGAAGGGGACCGAAUAUCAAACAAUUCAUUGUUUUUUUCUGGUCGAUGAGGUGGUUCUUGUACACACCAAAUCAAGCAAAGCAUCAUCAAGAAGAUCUCACCGGAACGGAAUUUGGUGGGUGAUUGUUCCUUGUGAAAUAGAGUUGUUAUUGGUUGGGCAUUUUUUCCCCCUUUUUCUUCUGUAUAGGGACUGAUUCUAGAGAAAUAGCUUGUGGCCAUCUUUAGGUAAAUUUGUUACCUUAAAAUCUCUCUUUCCCUCUCUCAGGUGUAUUCUCAUUCCACUUUGCCAUUAUUGUCUCCCAAAUAUGGUACAUUCUUGUAGAGCUUUUUAUUAGCCAAGAGCUAUAGGUACGUGGGGAAGAUGAUAUUCUCUUUUGUAAUGAGGAGGGUAAGAUAUUGCAUUUCUCUCAUUGAAAAUGCACUUUUGCAUCAAGUUCCGUCACUUUGUCUUGUACUUUUGUCCCGGUUGGAGUUGGUGGCAGUGGCAUUUUCCGACAAAAAGAGAAUUUUAUUAUCAAGAUUUCAUUG